GCCCCGGAGGCCGCUUCCUGUUUGUCCGAGGAGGAGCCAUGGCGGCGGCGGCUGUUCCCGGGGCCGGCCGAGAGCGGCGGGCGGCGGCCUGGGGCUGGGGAGGCCGGCCGUGCUCCGGGAACAUCUUGGAUCAACUCCGGCAGGGCCAGGUGACGGGCCAGGGCCUGGCCCGGGGCGCGCAGAUUACAGAGGCUUUUCUGAAAGAAAGAGACAAACAAGCCAAAUGGAAUGGGAUCCCUCUGUUACUUCAAAAACUGUACGUGAACAGCCAACCUAACAGCGAUUUUUCUAAGUGCCAAAGCAUCCUCAAGGAAAUCUCUCCACUUCUUUCUAUGGAAGCUAUGGUGUUUGUUACAGAAGAUAGAAAAUUUUCCCAAGAAUCCACCUUCCCCAACACAUACACUUUUGAUUUGUUUGGAGGUGUAGACCUCCUUGUGGAAAUUCUUAUGAGACCUACACUUACUACUCAGAAAAAGAAACAGAAAAUAAGUGAUGAUCUGACCAAGGACUGUUUAAGCAUCUUAUAUAAUACAUGUAUUUGUACUGAUGGAGUUACAAAGCGACUGGCAGAAAGAAAUGACUUUGUCCUCUUCUUGUUUACACUUAUGACAAAUAGGAAGACAUUUUUACAAACAGCAACCCUCAUUGAAGACAUUCUGGGUGUUAAAAAGGAGAUGAUCCGGUUAGAGGACAUUCCCAACCUUUCUACUUUAGUUUCCAGUUUUGAUCAGCAACAGCUUGCUAACUUCUGUAGGAUUCUGGCUGUCACAAUUUCAGAGCUUGACACUGGAAGUGAUGACAAACAUACACUUCUUGCCAAAAAUGCCCAGCAAAAGAAAAACCUGGGUCCUACUCGUGCUGAAAUCAACCAAGCAACUCUCCUGAAUAUCCCAGGUUUUAUUGAGCGCCUCUGCAAGCUGGCAACAAGAAAAGUGUCUGAAAGCACAGGCACCUCCAGUUUUUUGCAGGAGCUAGAGGAGUGGUACACGUGGCUGGAUAAUGCCCUGGUGUUGGACGCACUGAUGCGUGUAGCUAACGAAGACACUGAGCACAGUAGUCCAGAAUCUUCAGAUGAGAGUGGUGUGGCAAACACUUCCUCGAGGACCCAGCUGCCCCAGUCAAUGAAGAUCAUGCACGAGAUCAUGUACAAACUGGAGGUGCUCUAUGUCCUGUGUGUGCUGCUGAUGGGCCGACAGCGGAAUCAGGUUCAUAAAAUGAUAGCAGAAUUCAAACUGAUCCCUGGGCUUAAUAAUCUGUUUGACAAGUUGAUAUGGAGGAAGCAUUCAACGUCCACCCUUGUUCUACAUGGACAUAACCAGAAUUGUGACUGUAGUCCGGAUAUCACCUUAAAGAUACAGUUUUUGAGACUUCUCCAAAGUUUUAGUGAUCACCACGAGAACAAGUAUCUGCUGUUAAAUAGCCAAGAACUGAAUGAACUCAGUGCAAUCUCCCUCAAGGCCAAUAUCCCUGAGGUAGAUGCAGUUGUCAACACAGACAGGAGUUUGGUCUGUGAUGGAAAAAGAGGCUUGCUAACUCGGUUGCUGCAGGUCAUGAAGAAGGAGCCAACUGAAUCCUCCUUCAGGUUUUGGCAAGCCAGGGCUGUUGAAAGUUUCCUCCGAGGGGCCACUUCCUAUGCUGAUCAGAUGUUCCUGCUGAAGAGAGGCCUUUUAGAGCAUAUUCUAUAUUGCAUCGUGGACAGUGAGUGUAAAUCCAGGGAUGUGCUUCAGAGUUACUUUGAUCUCCUGGGUGAACUGAUGAAAUUCAACAUUGACGCUUUCAAGAGAUUCAAUAAAUAUAUCAACACAGAUGAGAAGUUCCAGGUUUUCCUGAGCCAGAUCAAUAGUUCAUUGGUGGACUCCAAUAUGCUGGUGCGCUGCAUCACACUCUCUCUCGACCGAUUUGAAAACCAGUCAGACAUGAAAGUUGUACACGUUUUGUCAGAGUGCCGCCUGCUAUCCUACAUGUACCAGAUGUCCACCAGAACUACUUUCCUUUUCCGUCUCAUUAACAUUAUUCACGUACAGACUUUAACACAGGAGAACGUCAGCUGCCUGAAUACCAGUCUGGUGAUUCUGAUGCUUGCUCGGAGGAAAGACAAACUGCCCGGGUACCUGAAUGCCCUCCAGAAGAUGGAGUACGAUGAGAAAUACCCUGGCUUCAUCCUCAACAACUUUCACAGCCUCCUACGCUUCUGGCAGCAGCACUACCUCCAUAAGGACAAGGACAGCACCUGCUUAGAGAAUAGCUCCUGUAUUAGUUUUACCUACUGGAAAGAGACUGUGUCCAUCCUGCUAAGCCCCGACCGGACAUCACCCUGCGCCCUGGUCAGCUAUAUCGAGGAGCCCUAUAUGGACAUAGACAGAAACUUCACAGAGGAGUGACCUGCCAGGGCCAGGCCUCUGAGGACAUCUUGCAGACAGUGGUGAUUCAGGGAUUACAGUGUGGUGUGUGUGCACUUCUCCAUUUGGAUCCAUGGACCAUGUGGGCCCCCUCCUUCACUUCUGCCCCCUAUUGCUAUUCUCCCCCCUU